AUGCCGGAAACGCUGUGUCUCUCGUCUUUAAACUCGUGUUUUUGUCACUGGACUGAACGGACUCAAAAACAGAGGUAGACUACUUUUUAAAUGUUAUAUAUAUAAACCAACGUUACGCCCAAACCUUGAUUAUUGGCUUUUCAUGUAGCUGUUGUUGAAGGGAAGGCCAUCUCUUUGCAUUUUGAAUUCAGCACAAACUAAAGGCUGUUGUAGUCGCAUGCUUGCACAAUUCAACUUUCACCUAAUUUAAUCUCUUCAAACUCGUCGACCACUUGACAACUACAAUAAAUACAGUUUAUGUCUUAGUUACUAGCUCCAUUAGUUAUAGCAGACUAAACGUAACUCCACGAUUUACGAUGGAGUUGAGCGGUGAUUAGUGUAAUUGCGGGCUAUUAUUUGAGUGCUGAAAUCAGUAGUUUUUGACAAAAACACUAGUGACCGCACAACUCCAUCGUAAAUCCUGGAGUUGAGUUUAAUCGGCUACCUUAGUUAUUGCAUUGCUUUAUCCGUGAUAUAAAAAAAGAUGUCCGUUUUAUGUUUUGAAAGGUUCAGUUGUGUUUUGCAUCCUGAAUUUGUGAGCUGUAUGUGUGUGCAUUGAGAAAUGUUCUCUCUUUACAGGUAAUGCUGAGGUGUCUUGUUAGCAGGUGCCUUUUGACCAAUCCUGUCGCAGGUCAAACAAGAAAGAUGUCAGGAGUCAGUCUCGCUGGGUCUCAAAGCAGUCUUGCAGGGAAGGUUGCCAUAGUCACUGCCUCCACAGAUGGGUAAGGAAUAGCUGUACCAACCGUUUUGCUGGGGAUGUAUUUAAUUUGUUUAUACUGAAUUGCUCUCCACUUUGCCUGACCUGGAAAAAAUCUGGUCACCUAGUUAGCCUUUAUUGUUUAACUAAGGUAUAUGUACAGUAUAGGGGCCAGAGUUUUCCAUGAUUAGGUCAUGCUGGCAGGAAAACGCUCGGCCCUACAGUAUAUCAUGCAAAAUAUACAUGCCUCUUUCUUCUACUGACUGAGACUUGUGGCAUCUCUUCCAGAAUCGGUUUGGCUGCAGCCCAGGCUCUAGGGCAGAGAGGGGCUCACGUUGUGGUGAGUAGCAGAUGCCAGUCAAAUGUCGACAAGGCCGUGGCACUACUGCAGAGUGAGAAGAUACAAGUGACCGGGACGACUUGCAACGUUGGGAAUAGUGAAGACAGAGCUAGACUGGUUAAUAUGGUAAAGUCCAUACAUUUUGAUCCCAUUCUAACAGUUGCAUCCAGAGUAGACAUCAAUUGAUAAUUCUGGCUUGGCCUUAUACAGGGAGACUGUUAAUACAUAAUCACAGGCACAGCCAUCAGUCAUAAGCCUAAACUGAAUUUCAGUGUUAUGAUUUUCUGUUUUGAUGUUCAGACAGUGGAACAGUGUGGUGGUGUGGACAUCUUUGUUUCGAACGCAGCAGUCAACCCUUUCUUUGGAAACAUUAUGGACUCUACAGAAGCAGUUUGGGAUAAGGUGUGUGGCUGGCACCCCUAUUAUCUAGGUCAGUGUUUCUUAAUCUUGGUCCUGGGUACCCAAGGGGUUCACAUUUUAUUUUUUGCCCCAGCACUACACACCUGAUUCAAAUGAUCAACUCUUCCUCAAGCGUUGAUGAUUUUAAUCAGGUUUGUAGUGCCAAGGCAAACACAAAAAUGUGAACCCCUUUGUGUCCCCAGGACCAGGAUUAAGAAACACUAAUUUAAAUAAUCAAACACAAAAUGUAUAAAAUAACCAUACAUUUAAGAAGAUGUAGUUUCAUUGAGCCUGAGAAGGAUGAUAGCAUAUGAGAAAAGUGGUAUUUGAGCUAUAUCCAAAAGAGUGUUGCGAUAUCAGCUGAUUUAUAUUGUGCACUUCACACAGAUCCUGGAUGUGAAUGUAAAGUCGGCCUUUCUUAUGACCCAAUUGGUGGUGCCUCACUUGAAGAGGGGGUAAGAGAGAGAAAUAUUUAGGAAAGUGUUUUGUGAGCUAUAACAAUGCAUGUCCAUGGCAUGUCUGUUUUCCAGGGGUGGGAGUGUUGUGUUCGUGUCCUCUGUCGCUGGGUACCAGCCAAUGCAGGUAAGCUCUUCUGAUUUGCCCUCUAAAUGCUUCUUGGUUUGAUCAUUAGACCAUUUGCAUUGUUAUGGAGAAUUCUUCCUUUCUUUGACCUCCCCACCACCAGGCCCUGGGCCCUUAUAGCGUGAGUAAGACGGCCCUGUUGGGACUAACUAGAGCCCUGGCCCCUGAACUGGCCCAGUGCCACAUCCGGGUCAACUGUGUGGCCCCCGGCGUCAUCAAGACCACCUUCAGCCAAGCAGUGAGGACCCCCUCCCUUUCUAUUCUGUCAUCUUUACCUGUGUACUCUUUUCUCUUCACAUUUACUUACCCUCACUCCUCUUCCUGUCACACAUUUAUCCUUUGUUUCCCUGUCUUCUUCUAUAAUACAUACAGCGAGAAGGGAGUUUUGACGAUUCUGUGUUCUCUCUCAGUUGUGGCAGGACGAAGACAUUGUGGACGAGUUCAAGAAGCAGCUUAGCAUUAAAAGGUUGCCUUCAACUUCAUUCUUGGGUGUAUCGCUUAGUUUAGGUUACAUUCUUACCCUCAAGUGUUGUUGUUUUAGUGACGUGUGGCCACGUCUCAUUGUGACUGAAUUGGUCGAAUUUGUGACACGGUCUGUGUGUUGUAUUGUGGUCAAUGUAGUGUUUGAUGAUCGAUUUGAUUUAUUUUAGUGCCGUACACCAUUAAGUACUCCGACACUAUUCAUCAAGUACUCCAAACAAAAUAAUAUUACAAAUUAAAUGCAUAAUCGUAGCAUGUACAACUACCACCUUGUCACAUAAGGUUAUUUCAUACAAAAAAGACAUCCAUUCUUGUAUUAUUCUCCCAGGUUUGGCAAGCCAGAGGAGAUAGGUGGAGUAAUCGCUUUCCUGUGCUCGAAGGACGCGUCUUACAUCACUGGAGAGACAAUCACUGUGACUGGAGGGAUGAGCUGCAGACUGUGAGGCUGAUCGGCUGGAAAGUGUUAAUAGAAUCUGGCAACACUGACUGUGACACUCAAAGGAAACAAUGCUUUUGUAAUAUAAUAAUGGGCUGUAAGACAGGAAGAUUCACUAUACAUUUCAGAGUAAUUUCUUCCUCUCAAAGUCUAAUGACCUGAGAACUCGAAGCCAGGAAGUGAUGGGGAAGUGGACAGUCUUGACACCACUGCUGAUAUUCUUUCUGGGUAUGUUUUUCAGUGGGCACUAUACCAUGCAGUGAGUUAACGAAUAAACGGCAUCUUUUUUACUAUGUUUUAAAGAUCCGUCACAGCACAUUGUAAGCAUUUCUGAGCUCACAUUUAGGGUCCAAACUCAGGCCAGUUUUAACUCCCACAAUCUCAUCCCAUUUGGAACUAUACCUACAUUGCCUUAAUAAAAAGGACUACACUGCUAUUCAUGUUUUUGAUUAUUGUACUUCAUUAAUACAGAACUACAUUGACAUUUUAGUCAUUUAG